CAUGACAAGCUUAGCUUGUGUCUGGUCGGGCCUUGUGUUCCGAAGAGAGUAGGCCAUUUACUUGGAGAGGCCUCCAUUGUUAGCGGUUCGUGGUGCUAUGAAAUUGUCAUGGAGAUCCGACGCGCCUUCAGUUUUGAAACACACACACACACACACACACGAACUUACGUACGCUCACAUUGUAGUCUCCAGUCCCGGGUGCUAAUGCGGCUAUCCACAUCCCUGUAGCCAGCCCACAGACGAAUGCAUGCACACUACGGCAAUUCAAGUCCGCAAGAAGAUCGAUCGAUUGGUGGUCCAAUUUCUGGAGAAAAAAAAUUAAUGAAACGAGUGACAACUCAGUGGAAACGAAGCGUGGUUGUUCCUUCCAUAUCGGAGAAUGGAAAUUAAGUAGAAGGGACACGAAGAAAAAGAGAAACCGGUGGAAUAUAGUUUGUGGCGAUUGAUUGGUGCAGUUUGUGGAACAUCUCCCUGAAUCAUGGAUUUAACUCAUUGCACGAAUAACAUUGGUUGGCGCCCUUGAGGGCGGGGAUUGUUAACCUGAGAAGAGGGCCCUUCUUACCCGCCACCAUUGGGAAAACUCAGAGUACCCAAAGGCCCGCCCCUCCUUCGUCCCACUUGUGGAAGGAGACCAUCAUGACCAAUUCUCGGGGGCGGGUGGGCGUAACAACGAAUACAGCACCAACCUCAUCCACAUCAAGCCACCGGGUGGACAGAAAAGAGGAUCUCGAACUGUGCUCGAAUCCGACCGCCAUCGAAAAAGCGGCCCAAUUUGCCAAAGACGCGAGUGGUGAUGCUGUGAACAGUUUCAGUAAGAUCACAGGAUUGGCCUUCACUCAGCGCAAGUUUAAGAAACAGGGCCCCAACAAGCGAUAUUCCCCGGAUACGAUCAAUUGGGAUGAGGAGGCUGAAAUCCGGACCUCCGGAGGCGCCACAGACAUGGGCGAGGAAAAAGAGACCGAAAUCAUCGAGUUGCACCACCAAUUGGAGAUACAAAAUAGUACAAUAUGUCGCAUUCUCAAAGCUGCCACCACUCAGACUGAACCCGUUCAAGAUGAGGCCUUCGAUUGGGAUCUCUCCGAUAAGAUGGAAGUGGAGACACAGACCAUGCCCUCAUCUCGCACCAAUAGCAUCUACAAUGGCGAGACCAGUAUAGACGUCGCCUUCUUCCUGCAGGAUGCCAUUGUUCAGACCGAUCAAAGACUGGCCUUUCUCCUCAAGCGAUCGGCCAAGAACGAGCAACGUCGGAACUCAAGUCGACGCAUCCGACUUCAUGACGCUUGGUGUCAGACCCACAUUGAGGUCCAGGAGAUCGGUGUCCAAGUGACGCCCAGUGAAUUCGAUUCCGGGGACGAGGACACCUCGUCUUCGGGAUUCAGUGAGGACAGUGUGGGCAAGGUACGCGUCAAGAAGCGGGACUUGACCUUUGCUCAAGUUCAUGCUGAAGCUGAGGCCCGGCGCCAAGCGGGGGCGGUUCGCCCCAAAACUUUCAAGCCGACCCGACUAUCGUCAGCGGCUCAAGAUAUGCUCACGGACGCCCGUGCCAUUGAACAGUUACUCAGUGUUACCGCUAGCUUCAGGUCACAAUCCGAUGCGGGCUUCCAAGUGAACUUGUCUUCAGACGCUGGGAUUGCUGUGGCCAAGCACACCAGCCGCAGGGGCGACAUCUCGUCGCCGGUGGGCGAGUCUCUGCUCAAGAGUUUGCAUUUCCAAGAGUCUUUAGAGGGCAUCAAUUACGGGGAGAAGAAGAACUCAUCGGGAUUGGCCACGGCCAAGGGCCGAAAUGCACGGACCAAGUCCAAUAAGGAUUUAGUGAAAGUGGACGUGGCCAUCCAGACCGAGAACGACAUCAUCACGGAUGUGUCGUCCACGUUCGAAGCGGUACCAUCUCCCAUGCGGAAAUAUGAGCUCAUCGGCGACGAUCCCAAUGUCUUUGCUGACAUCGACGCCUGGGUGGUGGAGUUGUCCAAAAAAUGGUACAAAAGCCUCAAGACCGUGGUGAAGAGACUGAACAGCCGCAUCAUUGGACAAUCCAAGUACAAAGGGAUUGAGGAGCUCAUCAAGACCAGAGCCUACUUCCGAUGGGUGGCUGAAAACAUCGUCUAUGACAAGGACUACCUUCACAAGGACAUGACCACAACGGACAUUCUACGGGAACGACGGGGCGUUUGCAAGCAAUUCGUCAAGAUAUUGGGAUGUCUUCACACCUGGAACGGAGGAGGAACACGCAUGGAAUGCCGUCUUUGUUCAAGGCACCUGGCGUCUUUUGGAUUGCACCUGGGCAGCGGGAUCCUUGGACACGGAGGACGUGUUUGUUCCCGAGAUCAGUGAGCAUUAUUUCCUCACCGACCCGGAUGAGUUCAUAUUCUCGCAUUUCCCAUUUGACGAGGCUGAGAAGCAUUAUACUCGUUGGCAACUCCUCGAAUAUCCGAUCUCUUUGAACACGUUCUCGGUGAUGCCCAAAUUGACGCCCAUGUUCUUCGAGUACUCACUCCGAUUGGGACAAUCCACCGACUCGAAGGCCUUGCAAACCAACGACUCGUUGGAGAUCAAUAUUUGGGCCUGGGAGGUGGUACGAUACAAGUACAAAUUCUACAACGCGUCUCAGCGAGAAGACGAUGACUUCAAUCAAUUUGUGUUUUGCUGUCUCAAAGGAAGGCAACGCAAAAAUGGGUCGUUCAAAAUUGCUCCCCCCGAAGAUGGAACCUACUACUUGAAGAUCUACGGCAAACCCGAGGAUGAGAUUCAAGACGAGGACGAUACCUUGGACCACGUGGCCACGUUCCUCAUUCAUGGAGUGGAGAUUUCCACGCCACCCAUGCCCUGGCCUGGCAAUGACCUCCCAUGGGGGAUCACGGAGGAUUUCGUGGAGACCGGUGCAGCUUGGGUCAACCUAAGUGAGCCCAUCAUCGAAAUGGUGGGCGAAAAGCGACACAACUUCACACUGAAGACGUUGGGUGGUCCAUUGCUCAUCUUGGGUCACAUCUACGAUUCGGAUGGAAACGAGCUGGUCCAGGACAAGGACAGGGAUAUGAAGUACACAGUUUUGCUCAAUCGAAGACGGCCUUUACCUUUGACCACCACCGAAGACGACGAGAGCUCCUUACUUCCAUACAUCACAAUCAAAAGUAACGAGAAAGAGGCCAUCUUCACCUUGGAACCGCCACCCAAGCCGGGCUUCUACAAGAUCCAGAUAUUUGCCCGAAAGCGACCCAAGAAACGUGGCCGUAUCCACAUCCCGUUGGUGACCACCAUCCUCCUUGACUACAAGCAUUGCAAGACCUCAAACCGGGAUCUGUCCUACCACGGCAGUACACGAAACAGCAUCGGGAACUCGCGCAUCUUCUCCGGUGUUUCCCGGUCCACGGCUCGAGGCACGUCCAUGACGGGAUUGCCGAAUUCCCCACACUUGAUGACGCGAUCACUGAGUCACACUGAACAGGGCGGUGGGACCGGGGUCAAGCGACCUUUGGAACUUCACUUGCCCGACCCUCGUCAAGCACUGACUCCGAUUGGCCAAUAGCAAUGGUCCAAAUCCAGCGAGGAUUUAACGACGACGUAUAGACAAAUGUAAGGUUCGAAGGAUUUCAUUUCCAAGGCCGGAAUAGAGUUUCUAGCCUCUUUCAAGACGGGUUGCUCAGGCCAAGGGUGCUGCCAGUGAAAUGAAUCAAUUCCUAUCGGCUUUAAAAGUGUACAAGUACAAUAGAUCUAUUGCAAGUUAGCGCCAUUCCCAAAAGGAUGAAAAGUUUUUGGAUGAUGAUUAAUUCAGUUGUGAUAUUGUCUUUCGAGUCUAUUUUUUCCCGCGAAUAAAUCAACCUAUCGAAAUAUACGUACUUCGUAUCAC